AUGAAAACGCGACCCAACCGGAUCCAAGUGUAUCGAAUAGAAAGUGGAAGAAACGGAAUCACAAUGAAUACUCGAGGACUCCGCUCUCAGCUGAAAGACAGUGUCCCUGUGGCAGGUUUAUGUCCGCAGGGAGCUUACGGGGUGCAGGACACUCUGCGCGGCGGCUUUACCAGUGUAAAGAAUGAGCUUCUUCCAAGUCACCCACUGGAGAUGUCAGAGAAAAAUUUCCAGCUAAACCAGGACAAGAUGAAUUUCUCUACUCUCAGAAACAUCCAGGGUCUUCAUGCUCCACUCAAGCUGCAGAUGGAGUACCGGGCAGCUAGACAGAUCCAGCGUCUGCCCUUCUUACCCAGUUCUAACCUGGCUCUGGAUACACUCCGAGGCAGUGACGAGUGCAUCGGCUUUGAAGACAUCCUGAACGAUCCAGCUCACAGUGAAAUGAUGGGCGAGCCACACAUGAUGGUGGAAUACAAACUGGGAAUGUUGUGAAUGAAGAUGGACACACAUGAUACACAGUUAGACACAUGGAUUUAGUUUUAUUAUUUGUCUGCAUACAUUUGUUUAUUGGCUCACAAUUCCCCAGCCUGGAGGAUUGAGUGUGUAAUGUUUAGGGUAAGAACAGGGCCUGAUGAGUGUGUGUUGGGGGGUUCUGAUCCGAUCUGGAGACAAGCAUUCACUGCUGCUUUUGUAUGAUUCCAAUCCCGUUGGUGUUUCUAAUAAACUUCAUAACCUUC